AGAACUGAGCCUGAGCGAGUCCGACUCCGAGACUCGCCAUCACGCCGCGCCGCCCAAAUUCCUUCGAUUUUAAAGCUGUGAAAAAGUUUUACUUUUUAAAUAACAACUAUUAUGGCACCAAAAAGGCCAAGUUGCCGAUCGUUGCAACCUGCAACCCAACAUGUGUGUGCUGUACUACUGUGCAUGUGCCGUGCUUGCUGCUAUGCUAUGCACUGAGUGGCUGCUGGCUGCAUGUUGCACUGAUCCUUUUGAUCUUGUCGUGGCAUAUUGCGAAUUGUGUAAAACCCAACCGUGUAAACAAGUUAACUUCUCAUAUAUGAACUGAAGAACAAUCUGGGAUUCGGAAUGGACAACCUGGUUAAAAAAAUGACAUCUCGAGCUUCUGAACAAGAGGCUCAGAUCGCGGAACUGAAGCAGCAAAUCAGAGAGCUGCAGAACGGUGGGACAGAGGAGUGGGAGAAGGUGCCUCCUGAACUGGAGAAACUGCAGACUGAAAAUCAAAAGCUCAAGUACCGCAUUCUGCACCUAAAGAGGAGCAUUGAUGAGGAGGAGUCCCAAAGCGGUGGUGAUACUCUAGGUAACAAUGUCUGCGACAGGCUUACAGAGAUCUUCAGGACUGCUCUUCGUGUUGCCUAUCCUUCCCUUACCAAUGCUCCUGUGUCCGUCCAGCCCAGUCAACAGGAGAGGUUUGGAGACUACCAGUGCAACAAUGCUAUGAUAAUUGCCCAGCAAUUGAAGGCUCAAGGCUCCCCAGUCUCACCCCGAGUUGUUGCCCAGCAGAUCCUGGCAAACAUCCCUCCAAAUGAUGUCAUUGAAAAGGUUGAUAUUGCCGGACCUGGUUUCAUCAACAUCCACCUCAAGAAAUCCUACAUCGCCCCCCUCAUCACCGGUAUCCUGACCCAAGGGGUACUCCCUCCGCCCCUCAAAAAGAAGAAGAGGGUUGUCAUUGACAUGUCUUCUCCCAAUAUAGCCAAGGAGAUGCACAUCGGUCACCUGAGGUCAACCAUCAUCGGGGAGAGCAUUUCUCGGCUCAUGGAGUUCGUAGGCCAUGAUGUGUUGAAGGUGAAUCAUCUCGGAGACUGGGGAACUCAGUUUGGCAUGCUCAUCACCCAUCUCGCCGAUCAGUUUCCAAACUAUCUCAAUGAGUCUCCUCCCAUCCAGGAUCUUCAAAAGUUCUACAAGGAAUCAAAGGUGAGGUUUGAUGGUGAUGAAGAAUUCAAGAAGAGGGCAUACCAGAUGGUUGUUAGACUCCAGGGUGGUGAACCGGCUAUCAUCAAGGCUUGGGAACUCAUAUGUGACAUCUCAAAGAGGGAAUUCAACAAGAUCUAUGAGCGCCUUGAUGUGAAGAAUUUAAUCCCAAGAGGAGAGUCGUUUUACCAGGAAAGGAUGAAUGUUGUUGUAAAGAAACUUGAGGCUGGAGGAUACUUGGAGUUAGACGAGGGUAGAAAGAUCAUGUUCACACCGGACAGCACCGUGCCUUUAACUAUCGUUAAGUCCGAUGGGGGCUACACCUACGACACCUCAGACAUGGCCACUCUGUACCAGAGAGUGCAUGAGGAGAAAGGAGAAUGGCUCAUAUAUGUAGUUGACAUGGGACAGGGAACUCAUUUCGAUGCAAUCUUCAGCGGCUGUCGCAAGGUCGGAUGGUAUGACCCCAAGAACGUCAGAAUAGAGCAUGUCGGAUUUGGGGUUGUAUUAGGAGAGGACAAGAAGAAGUUCAAGACUCGUUCUGGAGAUGUUGUCAAGCUGGUUGAGCUUCUCGAUGAGGGGCUGAGGCGAUCGUUGGAAACGCUUAAAGAGAAAGGAAGAGAUGAGGUACUAACAGCCGAGGAGCUCAAAGCAGCCCAGGAAUCUGUGGCCUAUGGAUGUAUCAAGUAUGCAGAUCUCUGCCAUCGUAGGACCAAUGAUUAUAUCUUCUCAUUCGACAAGAUGUUGGAUGACAAAGGGAACACUGCCGUCUACCUGCUCUAUGCAUACACCCGUAUCAGGUCUAUCGCCAGGAAUGCCAAGGUGCUGUCCAAGACCCUACAGGAGGCUGCGAAGACCAUGUCCAUUCCCGUUGAUCACCCAAAAGAAUGGAAGCUAGCCAAGUGCCUGGCUAGGUUUCCUGAGGUCAUCUCCCGUACGCUGGACGAUCUAUUCAUCCACAGCAUCUGUGACUACCUCUACGAGGUCUCCAACACAUUCACAGAGUUCUAUGAAGUCUGCUAUUGUAUCACCAAGAACAAGCAGACAGGGGAAAUUGAGAGUGUGGACACAGGACGCCUGCUCCUCUGCGAGGCUACAGCCGCCAUCAUGGCAAAGGGCUUCGACAUACUAGGACUCCACCCUGUCGAGAAGAUGUAGCAUUCAUUUUUUCUGAUGCUCAAAUAAUAAUAAAAAUCAUGUCCUUAGUUAACUAAACCCUAUAAAUCCUAGCUGGUAAUCAUAAUAGAGGAUGUAAAUGGCUUCUGAUUAUUAUAUGAAAAAAAUGUCCGUGAAAGGUUAACUAAUCCCUUCAAAUUCUAGCUGGUAAUAUUAUUUUAGAUGAACUAAAAAGUUGUUUUUUCAUAUUUAGUAAGCAUUUAAACAAAUAUGCUAACAUUCUAGUAAGCCAAGAGUGUAAAGAUGCCUGUUCAACACUAAUAGAUUUUAUUUGCAUGUCAGACAGGCGAGUUCUCUAAUUGUCAAGGAAACCACAGAUUUUGGUUAUGGGCACUUAUAAAAAGGAAAAGAAAAAUUAAUGGGGGAAGUUCCUAUAGGUAAGGUGUGUCGUGCAUUAAUGUAAAAUGAAUUUGUUGAAUGAAGGGAAAAAGAAAACGUACGUCGGUCGUAAGUGUAGACAGUUCAUACUUACUCGCUUUGAAAAAGCAAUAUAUGGCAUGAAGUGAGGGUCCUUUAAUUGGAAUAGAUGUGUGUCUUUUAUCGUUUCUCCCAUUCCUUCGAGUUAUUACGUUUGUAAUUGAAAGAUUUGCCAUAUUCCAUUGUUUUUUUGUGUUACUGAUCCCUGAAGUCUAAUGAGAGAUUUCCACGAGAGGUAUUUAGUCCCAAGGUUUAAUUUAAAACGAAGCUGAAAAUCUCAAAAUCUUGUUUACAUUGAAAGACUGCGCUUUCCUUACGCUAAUAGUCUAAUAAUCUAUAGCAGGCCUAUGUGCUGGAGGUGCCAUCAUUUGCUUAAAUCACUGGUGGAUCUGGGGGGGGGGCAAAGCCGGCCCGUGCCCCCCUUUUGAGAGGCACAAUUAAAAGUUAUAAUGUAAAAACUUCAUUAAUACAGAAGUGUACUCCCUUUUUUUUCUUGUCAAAUUUUUCCUCGGAAAAUUGUGCCCCCCCUUUUGGAAAAUCCUGGAUCCUUCCCUGGCGUAAAUCGUAUGAACAGAGUCAUAUGCAGAAACAUUCUUGGAGCCCAAUAAUGCAAAAAUGUGCUUAGCAGUAGGGUCUCAAUUCAAGUGUAUCCUGGGCCCUGUCUUACAAAGAGUUGAUUGAUCCAAUCAAUCUUACCUCUAUGGAAAUCCAUCGGUAUCAUAUCUUUUUCUACGGGAAAUUUGCACAAUGUCCUUUUUAAACAAAGAGAAGCACAGCAAAUUUUUAAGAAAACAAUGAAUGCAUGAAUAUACAUCAUAGAUAUAUUUUGAACAUGUAUAAUAGAUGUUGACGUUGCUGGCCGUUCAUAGUUGUGGUUGAUCGGAUCAAUCACAACUCUUUGUAAGACGGGGCCCGGGACUCUGAGAAGUCUUCAUAAUACACAGCAAGCAGAAGCAGUCAAACAUUUCAAUACUUUAUUUUUCAUAAUUUUAUUCACAUCAAAUGAAUUCUGUACAUAUAUUUGGUUGUUAUAUAUUUCCCUUCAUAUGAUUUAAUCAUUACUUAGUAAUAUCCUUUAUUGUAUGCAGCAUACUCUGUAUUAAAUUCGAAAAACUAAUGUUCUCAUUAACAUUUGUCUCUUAUUCAUGAAUGUCAAUAUAAAACUUCGAAUGAUGAACUAUUAGAAAUUCAUUAUGUUCCUAUUCUUGGUACUUUGUUAACAAAUUAGUUUUCUAAAAGGCAAACAUGACAGACAAUAUGUUACGUAUUCAUGCCGUUGGGUAAAAAUAACCGUUUAUGAAAAGUAUACAUGAGAUAUGAUUGUAUUAAACUGGUUUUUCUCUUCUA